UGCUUUUCUUUUUGAUAAACAAUUUUAACAUUCCCAAUCUUAUAAACAAAUUCAUCAAAAUAUAUUUAAUAAACUAUCAUGAAAAUAUUCAAUUUAUAUAUCUUUGAUAAAUUAGGCACAUUGAUGUACUACGCUGAAUGGAAUCGUACCAAAAAGUCUGGUUUAACCCAAGAAGAGGAAGCUAAACUUACCUAUGGUAUGCUGUCAUCUAUAAAAUCGUUUGUAAGCAAAAUUUCACCUCAUGAUCCCCGGGAGGGAUUUUUGUUUUAUAAAACCAAUAAAUAUGCUUUACAUUAUUUAGAGACGCCUUCAGGAUUAAAAUUUGUUUUGAACACCGAUGUUAAUGCUGUAAAUGUUAAGGAAUUAUUGCAACAAAUUUAUAGUAAAAUAUGGGUGGAAUAUGUAGUUAGAGAUCCCUUGUGGAAUCCUGGUACGCCAGUAACAUCAGACCUAUUUCAAACAAAAUUAGAUGAGUUGAUAAGGCAAUCACCUAUUUUUGGCAUAAGAAAUAUAUAAAAUAAAUAAAUUUCUUUACCAAGAA